GCCCGUCCUGGCAAGGCCGCGGAACCGCGCCGUUCGGAGCACUCCAGGCCGGUGGCCCCGGCGGGAUGCGAGACCGGCUCCUCCGAGAGAGGGCGACCCUCCGACGAUGCCUCCAACUCCGCAGGAGGGCCUCGCUGCCCGCGGACCGCGGCUGCUCCUUAAGAUGAGCCCUCCCUGGAACAAAUAAGGGGUUAACUGGCCAGUGCUUGCCCCGCCCCGCCGGAGGGAGCAGGGUUUGAAAGUUCCUGCGUGCCGCGGGCCAGGCGGAGGGGGGGUGGCGGGCCGCUAACUCUGUCCCGCACGGCUGCGGCUGCGGCGCGGCCCGGGGCUCGGCCGGCUUCCGAGUUGGGAAGGGAGGGACGCCUGGGGGCAGCGGCACAGCCCGGCCCGGCCCGCGGAGCCCUCCCCGGCGAGGAGCCCCGGCUGCCGCCGCCGCCUGCCUGCAGGCAGCACGCCCGGAGCGGGCCCGGGGAGGAGCCGGGGCCCGGGGCUGUCAUCCAGGGGGUGGCCCGUGGCGAGCGGGGCGCGGGGCGCGGAGGCGCGGGCGCCCAGGAGCGCGCAUGUAGCAGACGGGCGAGGCGGUUUAUGCAACCAGAUCCAGUGUCAGCACUGCCAGGGCUAUGCGAGACCGCGGCCAGGACAGCCUGGCCGGACUGGUGCUCUAUGUAGGACUCCUCUGGCACCCCGGGAUGCUGCACAGAACCAAGUACAGUCGCUUUCGGAACGAGUCCAUCACGUCCCUGGAUGAAGGCAGCCCCGGCGGUUCGGUGGGCAGCAAGGGCGCCCCGCAGCCUCCCUACCCCGCCCUGGCACCGCACCUGCCCCCCGAAGAUGCCACCUCGGCCACCCAGGAGAGCCCCACCCCGCUGUGCACCUUGAUCCCGCGCUUGGCCAGCGUGAAGCUGGCCAACCCAGCCACCUUGCUGAGUCUGAAAAACUUUUGCUUGGGUACCAAGGAGGUGCCCCGGCUGAAGCUCCAGGAAAGCCAGGACUCGGCUCCCAGCAGCCCGGCACCCGCCGAACCCAGUCCCAACCGAACCGGCGCUCUCAACAGAACUGCGCCUCUGCCGCAGCUGCCUGCGCAGGAGCUGGGGGGUGGCAGAGCUGCCUGCCUGACCCGGACACCGGAUGCCUGUCCCCUUCCCGGGGAGCCCACCCCGGGGAGCAGGCCAGACAGGUUCUUUCUGCAGCACCUGUUGGGGAUGGGCAUGAACUUCUACGUGCGGUACAUGGGCUGUAUUGAAGUGCUGCAAUCAAUGAGGUCACUGGAUUUUGGGAUGAGAACACAAGUUACAAGGGAAGCAAUAAGCCGCCUGUGUGAGGCUGUUCCUGGGGCAUCCGGAGCGGUUAAAAAACGAAAGCCUCCAGUUAAGUUCCAAUCAACAGUUCUUGGCAAAAGUAAUCUUCAGUUUUCGGGAAUGAACAUAAAACUGACCGUCUCAACAUGCAGUCUCACACUGAUGAGUCUUGAGAACCAACAGAUCAUUGCAAAUCAUCACAUGCAGUCUAUUUCAUUUGCCUCUGGAGGGGAUCCAGAUACCACAGACUAUGUUGCCUAUGUAGCUAAAGAUCCAGUUAACCAACGAGCCUGCCACAUAUUGGAAUGCCGCAAUGGAAUGGCCCAAGAUGUCAUAAGUACCAUUGGGCAAGCUUUUGAACUCCGGUUUAAACAGUAUUUGAAAAAUUCUUCUCUGAAUACAUCUUGUGAAAGUGAGGAAGUGCAUACUGAAGGCUCACAGGGUGAGGAGAGAGAAGAUCAUGAAUAUUACAAUGAAAUCCCAGGGAAACAGCCUCCCAUCGGUGGUGUUUCAGACAUGCGCAUUAAAGUUCAAGCCACAGAACAAAUGGCUUACUGCCCCAUCCGGUGUGAGAAGUUGUGCUAUUUGCCUGGAAAUGCCAAGUGCAGCAGUGUAUAUGAGAACUGCCUAGAACAAAGCAGAGCGGUAGAGACACCAGAAACCGUUCAGCCGGGUGCCCAAGCUCAGCCUGCCAGCUCACAUCCUUUGCCACAUAUUCAGCAGCAGCUGCGGAGUGAAGAGUGUUACCAUGGCAAGCUGAGCAGGAAGGCGGCAGAGAGCCUCUUGGUAAAGGAUGGAGACUUUCUGGUUCGAGAAAGUGCAACGUCCCCUGGCCAGUAUGUGCUGAGCGGGCUGCAGGGAGGCCAGGCCAAACAUCUUCUCCUGGUGGACCCCGAAGGCAAGGUAAGGACCAAGGACCACGUUUUUGAUAAUGUUGGCCAUCUUAUCCGCUAUCACAUGGAUAAUAGUCUGCCAAUCAUCUCUUCUGGAAGCGAAGUGAGCCUUAAGCAACCAGUAAGAAAAGGUAAUAAUCCAGGACUUAUGCAUCUGAGCAACUGACACCAUGGCUGUGCCAUCCUGCUGACAUUUCAAGAAAUGCCUUUUGGGAAAGGACACAAACGAUAGUUCCAGUUUGGUUUCUAGAUAAGAUAGAUCCCAGACUGUGAAGUGCAUCUUUCCAGGAUCCUCGUGGACUGGGUCUUUUAUAAAACAAAGAACUAACAGAAAUUCAUUUUCAGAAAGUGUACAUCAGAUUAGGGGGAUACGGAUUCAUCCAUGUGAAGAGAAGUUAAACAUAAGCACGGAUGUCACUUUUAUAAGGGCCAUAUUGCAUUGAUAACAAGCUAAAAAAGCACAAUUAAAAUUUUCUCAUGCUAAAGACAACUUGAGUGAACUGCCGGGGCAGUGGUAUGUGCCUUUUAACCUUUGGGGACAUUUUCAUAUUGGGGAAGAUUAGUUCUAAGUGUCUUCAUGUUCUAUAACUACAGAACCAUUUGCCAAAAAGUCUUCUCUUGUUACAAAAAUUAGAAGCAAUUUGCUUGAUAGUUAUUGGUUUUAGUACAUUUUCUGUUUAGUAGCAUGUUCACUGCAAUAUUAAAAUAAAGUUGAUAUUGAAUUCGGGCUAUGCCUGUGACGGUGGGCUCAGUGCCACUGAGAAUGUUGGUCUGUUUCAUGGAUCUGUCCAUUUGCUUGUUAAAGGAUUUAGGUACAAAUUCUUGACUUGGUGCUUCCCAAAGUUGGGUAUCCGGAUGUUCUGUAUGCAGCUUGUAACAUACUGAAGAAGCCAAAUGAAUCUGUCAUUUCUAAUCUCAUCUUAUUUAUCCUUCCUUCUCACUCUAUCACCCGCACCCUCACCCCUACCCCACUAUGAAUUUAAAAUCAGAGAAACCAUUGUCCUUCACAUUCAAUGUUCAGAUUGGUUUCAUUCUCAUUUAAGUGCAGAAUUUAUGUGGAAGUAUGGGGAGAGAUUCUAUUGACUAGCUCUGACUGAAUCUCAAUCCCUUGCCUACAUGUACCCUUAGCACCCUUUCCAGACAUUAUCAGAACAAAAAGCAGAAAUGAGAAAACAUAUCGAACAAAUCAGUUAGCACAGUUUGCCCCCAUGGUAAAUGGAAGCUUGGUAAAUGAAAAUUGGUCAUUAAAUGCAACAUAGAGAAAAGUGUUAGAUUGCGGCACAUCAGUGUGACCUUGGACAAGUUGCAGACCACUGUCUGGACCCCACUUUCCUUGUUUAUAAAAUAAGCAAACUAGGGGCUGGAGUGAUAGUACAGUAUGUAGAGUGUUUUCCUUGCAUGCUCAGACAGGUUCUGGGAAUCAUCCCAUAUGGUUCCCAGAGCACUGCCAGGAAUAAUUCCUUCGAACAGAUCCAGGGGUAACCCCACCCCUUAUUUUGAUGGGGCCCCCAAAUGAACAAAUAGACAAAAAACCCAAACAAACAACAACAACAACAACAAAACUCAAAGGGAAAAACAAGUAGGCUGGGCUAGAGGAAAUCAGAUCUAUUUUAGUCAUAACAUGGUAUAUCUCUAAAAACAAGUUCCCUGUUUGUUUGGGAUUAAUGUCUGUAUAAUUAAGGUGAAAAAUUCUAUUUCCCUACCCCCACUUUAGUCUAUAACUGUAUUCCAGAAUGAAUGGGACAUCUGAGAUCAGAUAUUGGAUGCCUAAAGCUUUUCAGUCAAAGCAUGGAUAUUUUGGAAAAGUAGAAGUAAUUACAGGAGAAGUGGGUUUGUGUGUUUUGAGUAGCACUAAAGGGUGUCAGUCCUUUACUUCACUUUCAUAUCGAGAUAUAGCCGUGAUUUGAGAAGGCUUUUGUUUGUUUUUCUGAAAUUAUUUGGACAGUUGCCUUAACUCCAUUUCAUUUUGGCUAAGUAGAUACAACUUACUGUUUGCAAUUUUGACAGAUUUGCUAGGAUUUAAAUAAAACAUGGGAGACUUCUUUGCAUAGAAAUCAUUGGAAAUCAAGCACAGUCAACUUUAAUAUUUUUAUGUAAAGGCUUAUGGCUCUAUUUUACUUCUAGUGUAUUUAAUUUCUUAGAUAUGUUUGUUUCCUUGUAUACAACUAGGAAAUAAUGCAUUUUUCCAUGAAUUUUUCAUAUGCCCUAAUUCUUGACUAUCUGCCCUCAUAAAGGGGAUUGCCUUGGGUAUAUAUAUCAUAGAUACUUAUGGUUAGAGACCGUGAUCAGAGACAGAACAGGACUGUGGUUUAGUCUCACUGAAUAAAAUGCUAAAUGGGUAGCAAACAAAGGGAUUCCUGUAAAAAUUGAAGCUGAGAGUAUUAAAAAUGUGAGAAGUACAUAUGGAUAAUCAGUAUUUGACUAUAAUGGUAUAAUAGUUGGGCAAAUACUGUGCUUCAAAAUAUUAUGAACACAAAACACAAUGAAGCAACAGCAGAAAAUUUGCUUGCAUGCUAUUUCAAUGACACACUUAUCUUUUGUCUUCAAGUGGAAAUUAAUUUGCUUAUAAAAAUCUGUAAAAACACUUUUCAAAAAAAUAAAUGAUUAUUGCUUUGUGACAAA